AUGUCUUCCGAUUCGUCUGAGAUACCUUCAAUUAAGAACAUUGAAGUUGUUGCUGGAAAAGUGAAUCCACCGAAAGAUGUAUCGAAAUCGACAGUUAAUCCUAAUGAUUCCAAUUCCUCUAACAUACCUUCAGCUGAGGUAAGCUUUUUUUACUCUGUAAUCGUAUCCUUUGAUUGUUACUUAAUUGUAUUUUCAAGUCGAUCCACUAUAGAUGUAUCACAAUCGACAUUUGAUCCUAAUGAUUCCAAUUCGUCUGACAUCUGCUCACCUAAGAAAUUUGGAGAUUUUGAUGGAAAAAUCAAUCCACAUUCAGAUGUAUCAAAAUCGAAAUGUCACUCUGACUCUGAUAGUGUUGAAAUAAUCGACUUUAGUGUUCACUUCAGUCCCUACAAAUCCCAGUUGGAGAGGGUAAUUUCGGAAGAGAUAUCUUUAAUUGCCAAAGAAGAGGAGAAGCUGGCAAAAAAAAGAAAAAAGGAAGUUGGCUUUGUUAUGUUGGAAGUGGGAAGAAGUUGUAGAUCUAUGUGA